UCUUAAGCAGGUGUCCAGGGAGCAAGUAAACCAUGAGUUACACAAACUAGAGUGAAGUUGGAAAUCCUUCGCAACAAAGUAUAAACCGUUCAUUCUCCGCGUUAACCAGUAAAAGAAAAAAAAAAAAAAGCUUUUGUCCACUGAAAUCAGCGCAUACAACAAAUACCUAUUGGAUUGAGUGAAUGGAAACUUUAAUGGAAGUCUGAAAGAUAAAUACAAGUUUUCAGUAACUAAAGAAGAUGAACUGGGGCCAGCUGUAUUCUCUGUUAGGAGGCGUGAACAAGCACUCCACCAGCAUUGGGAAGGUCUGGCUGUCUGUCCUCUUCAUUUUCCGCAUUAUGAUCCUCAUCGUGGCAGUCGAGAGCGUCUGGGGAGACGAGCAAUCGGACUUCACCUGCAACACCCUGCAGCCCGGCUGCAAGAAUGUCUGCUAUGACCACUACUUCCCCAUCUCCCACAUCAGGCUCUGGAGCCUGCAGCUCAUUUUUGUUUCCACUCCUGCUCUCCUGGUAGCCAUGCACGUGGCUCACAGCAUAAAAGAGGAAAAGAAGACUCUCAUUAGAACCAUGGGUGACAAAGCAGAUGUGGACAUAGAAAUGCUUAAGAAGAGGAAGUUCCAUAUUGUGGGGCCGCUGUGGUGGACCUACACUGUUAGUCUGUUUUUCAGGUUGCUGUUUGAAGCUGCCUUCAUGUACGUUUUUUAUUAUCUUUACAAUGGCUUCCAUAUGCCACGCCUGGUGAAAUGUGACGCCUGGCCCUGCCCAAACACAGUUGAUUGUUUCAUUUCUCGACCCACCGAGAAGACCGUGUUCACCAUUUUCAUGAUUGUUGUCUCGUCCCUGUGCAUGGUACUCAAUGUGGCUGAAUUGUCGUACCUGAUCGUUAAGGCUUUGCUGGGGUGUUGCAGGAAACAAAGAUAUCACUCUAGUCACGUUUCCAAAAGUAAGGAAUGCCACCAAAAUAAAAGGAAUGAAAUCCUGCUAUUGGAGCAAGGAUCCAGCAAGGCUAGUGCUCCAGAGAAAUAGGCCUAACACCAUAAUGGACAUUUACAGUAUUUCAGUUCAACGUCCAUUGCUGCCAGAUUCUAGGGUAACCGGAGGCUCUCAUGUUUUGUUUUGUUGUUUAGAAAAUAGUUCCAGGGGAAUAUCAAUUCUAAGAAAUGAACUUUAACAUGUAUCCGGGUUACGUCUUCAGUGCUGCCCUCUUUACCUUAUGGUAGUUACAGCAAGGAAAUAUUAGCAUAGAGAAUAGGUCUGUUCGUUAUUCAUUAUUCAUUCAUAAUCAGCAACAAUUGUUUUAUUAAUUUCCAAUUAAUAAAUUCAAUUAAUUCAGUUUCCACGGAGAGUAAUAUAAUGCUGUUAAUGCAUUACAAAUAAGAAUAGACAACUGCAAGAAAAGUCCAGUCUCCCAGACAACCUUUAAUGAAUGAAGAUUGUAGUUCCUGAUAUGUUUGUUAAUUAUGACUGAUACUGAGAGUCUGCAGCAAAAUGUAAUGAGAUGUUUGUUAAGAAAGUUGAACAAAUCUGAAUAUUAUGGCUGAGAAUGUUAUGGCAUUUCCCUUUUAACGUUCAUUUUAUUUUCCUUUUAUUUCUUAUAUGAUUUUUACAUAGCGCACAGUGCCCUCCAGUGGCCAUAUAUUGUACUGUGGCACCGAUCUAAAUAUAGAUUCAGUAUAAAUCCAUCUAAAUAUAGAUCCAGUAUAAAUUUAUUGCACACCCUUAAUAUUUGUAGCAACUCAGUCGUCAAACCAUUGUGACCAUACUGUGUUUAAAAUGAAGUUGUCAGACAUUAUUACAUGAACAAUGUAACUGGAAUUAUAAUUUUUUUAAAAUUUGACGUGUGCAUUAGAAACUAAUUCUGUCGGUUUAGACUGCUAGUUGCCUUUGAUUUCAGUGCCAUGCUGCAUUAUCAAACUUCCAAGCUACCACAGCAAACAAACAAAACUGUCCAUGGUAAUAAGGGCUUCAGGGUGACCUACCGCUGUUUCAUUUUAAGCAGGAUGAAAAGAAAAGAGAUUUCACAACAAUUAUGUUCCUUGCACUUUAAAGACAUGUAAAAAUUAUGCUUAAAGACACUGGAUACAGAUUCACUUUUUUAUUGUACAAUGACCAAAUAAGGUAAAAGACAAAGUGGAUGAAUUUGAGCAAAAUGUUUUUUAGGGAGGGGGUGGGUAACUAGGUGGCCCAGCAGCUGAUUUACUAGACCUUUCAUCCAUUUCACUUCAGGCUUGGGUUUGAAUCCAGCUUCAGUUAUGAGUGAAAUUCUCAAACUUGCCCCCAGCAGACAUUCUUCUACUGUAUAAUAUAAAACCACCAACAAAGUACACUUGUCAGGCUUUGCUUGCAAAAGACACAGGGCUGCUGAUUAGGAGUGAUACUGUAUGCAUCAAAGAAUGCACCUUUGUUGCUUGCUGUAUUUCCGUAAACAUGACUGUAGUGAUUUAGGGUUAGUGUUAGGUGUUAGUGUUACACAGAGGUGUAAAAAAAGGCCAUAGUUGGAUAGAUGAAAAAUAUACUGUAUGAAUCAAUAAUUUUAUAAUAUGCAUCCUUUUUCUCCCUAAAAAAGAAGUGGGAUCUGAUGUGUUUAAUAAAUGGAAAAAUCAUCUUAGGGGAGCAUAACUGUCCUGUAACACCAUCUGAAAUCAAACCCAUUACUGUGUUCAUUGUAACACUUGUCUUUGCAGUGCACUGGUUAAUGUAAUUGACAUUUACAUUAAGUAUCUAUACUUACUGUCAGAAGGGUCUCUUACUAAAUGGUUUACAGGUGUUUGCUAAAGAAACAUAUCCUGCUUGUCUACGAACUAUAGAGAAUUGACAGUAGCGCAUCUUGGGAUGGGGCAGAGAUGGCAUUCUGUUUUACCAGAGGCAGACUGUAAGGGGAGGUGUCUUCCAUUCUUAUUCCCUUUUCUGGGUGCUGUGUGACAGCUUUACUCUUUCAAAUUCAUAUACCUGUGACCUACUUCAUCUGUGUAAUACCAUGGGCUCUAUUCACACCACUAUAGGACUGUUUUUAGAUGAGUGAUUAAAAACAUUCGCUUGGCAAACCAGUUCUUUGAAAACUAAGAAACAAAUUCUGACCAUCUCUAAAACAGUAGAAAAGGAUUUUGUGAAUUUCAAACUUGAAUGAAUUAAUAUGGGCUUUAUUAACAAUACAUUUUUUAAAACACUUCCUCUGAGCACGAGUCACAAGAAUAAGGUCAGUUUUUUUGUUUCGUUUUUUUUUAAAUUAACUUAAUCAAGUUUGUAGUUGAACUGCUUUAGAGAGGGUGUAAUUGUUUUAUUAAUUUUCCAACACACUGUUCAUAUUUGAAUGCACUAUGAGAAUGUUUGUAAGUGCUCUUCAAACAACAUUCCUUAAAAAACAAUGUUAAAACAUCUUGUGAAUAGGGUCCCCAAUUUCUUCAAAAAAUUGUUAUGGUAGAAAAACUUAAGAAUUGUACAAACUAUUUACUUUGUAAU